AUGCUGCAAACUUCGUCACAAUUUGGAAGAUUUCCAGUUGAUAUGGUUAUAGUUAGAAAUGCUAUUAGUGAAGGAGCUAUUGCAAUUAAAAAGAAACAACUGGGUUUAUCAUAUACAAUGGACGAAAAACUUCAAAAUCUUCAUCCAUCACGUUGGAGACUUACAAAUUUCGGUCGUUUGCAAGCCGAAUGCACAGGAAAUUGGAUCAAUGAACACUUUCCCCUCCAAUUUGAUGCUUAUAUCACAGGUGAAUUUGUAAGAUCAAUCGAGACUGCCGCCACAAUGAAAUUAAAAGGUGCUUUAUGGAAACCAUCCUUAUAUUUAAGACCUCGUGAGUUCGGCAAUUACUCUCUCCUUUCUAGAGGCGUAAAUCCCAAAGAAGUUCAAGCAUCUAGGAACAUUAAAGAAAAAGUAAGAGAUUCUUUCUACUGGACUCCACCUAAUGGUGAGUCUAUCGCACAACUUACACUCAGAACCGAAAGAGUUAUUCACUGGAUUAGAAAUAGAGUUCCAGCAGAUGGUUCCGUUGUUAUUGUCACAAAUAAGGAUAUUAUGGAAGCUCUCAGAAUCAGAAUUGAGAAGAUAUCUCAAUCAGAUUACGAUAGAAGAAUAAAUCAUUGUCCAAAAGACGAAUCAUUACAUUACUGCUCAAUAUUACACUACUCAAGACGUAAUCCGAAAACUGGUGAAAUUGUUCCACGCUACAGCUGGAUGAGAAUUUGUACUCCUUGGUUAGGAAAGAAUUACGCAAAGGAAGACUUUAAAGAGAUAUACGAGAUAUCUUAUAAGAAUGAGGAACUUCUGGCCGAAGUUUCUAACGUUCCAUGUUUGUUUUAA